AUGGAAUACGGUCCAGGAUCUACCACACAACUUCAGCCUGAGGUGAUGCCAUCCAAAAGCCCAAAGUCAAAAAAAUCCAAUGAAUCGAAGAACAACCCACAUACUAAACAAGCCUCUUCUGAGUCCCAGGCCGAAAAUAUGAGCCAACUGCUGGAUGUCACUAUAGCAGGCAUCAGUGCCGUACAAACCGUCGUACCUAGUGACCUGGCGAAAGGUGUACUCGGAACAGUCGCCAGUAUUCUGAUGACUGUGCAGUCGGCGAUCAAGAACAAGUCCGAUUUCCGGGCGAUAGUCAAGAAAUGUGAAGCCAUCGGGGAAAUCCUCAAGAGAGCAACCAUGGACACUACCGACGAUAAUCUUCCAGGAUACUUGGCGCAUGCUUUAUCGGAGCUUAACUCGUUAGUUGACGAUAUCAAUAAUAAGGUAGUCUCAAGGAAGAAGCAAGGAUGGUUCAAGAGUAUCUUAUCUGUCACGAUUGAUCGCGACCAGAUUGCUAGUUGGGAAAAGGACAUAGACAGUGCCCUCAAACUCUUCGAUACUGAAGCGCUCGUUGGCAUUGCCAUGAGGGUGGAAGAGCUCCCUGGCAUUACCACGAGGGUGGAAGAGCUCACUGGCAUUACCAUGAGGGUAGAAGAGGUCGUUUCGCGAAUCGACGGCAAUCUAACCAGUGUCAACGUUCUAAAGCAUCAGCCAAUCGAGCCUCCAUCACGACCUUCCAUGUUUUAUGGCCGCGAUGAUCUCGUGGCGGAGCUGACGACCCUCGUUGCUAACGGUGAACACAUUGCAUUGAUCGGUCCCGGAGGCAUGGGAAAGAGUUCUCUUGCCAAAGCCAUCCUUCACGAGCCGCUUAUCAUCGAAAAAUUUGCUGACCGGCGCUUCUUUGUGGCUUAUGAUGAUCUAGAUCCUUCGACCAUCACAUUCGAAACUUUUAUGACUCAUUUCGCGGGAGCCCUUGGCAUAGAGAUCACCGGCGCUGAUCCUUUGCGCCCAAUAUCUACCUUUCUUCAUUCCGCUAGCGCCCUUGUCGUCCUCGAUAAUGCCGAGACCUUCGAAGAGGCCAGUGCGUUGUCAGCGCUCGAAAAAAUACCACCGGCAAUCGCGAAGAUCGCAGACAUCCGUGGCGUCAUCCUGAUACUCACGUCACGCAGUCGAAGGAAUGCAACAGAUGUAUUAUGGAGAACGAUGGACAUUCCGCCAUUGGACUUGAGUUCUGCAGAAAGAGUGUUCUUUCAAACUUAUCCUCGUGCCCGUUGCGGCGAUGCCGAGGAAGAAAUAAAGAACCUGCUCAGGGAAUUGGAUUUUCACCCCCUCUCCAUCAAUUUACUCGCACACACUGCGCGGCAAAAUGACUGGUCUCCAGCCAUGCUACUAAAGAGAUGGAACAAUCGGCACACUGCCGUGCUCAACCCCGGCAAGGGAAAGCUGCAAAGCUUGUCAGACGCCAUGCAGCUGUCACUCGACUCACCAUCCAUCCAAGCUCUUGGCGAGGAUGGUCGUCGUACUUUAGCCAUAAUCGCCUUCUUGCCCCAGGGUCUCAACGACAACCUAGCUGGCGAUUUGUUGCCAUCGCUCCAAGAAGUCGACACUAUAUGCGAUGUUCUACGCACGCAAUCUCUUGUUUAUCGUCAAGACGACUUCAUCAAGGUACUCGCGCCCAUUCGACAUUAUGUGCAAGAUUCGUUGCCACCACCUGAUUCCACACGUUUGCAAGAGAUACGCACCUUCUACUAUCGCACCGUCCAGCAGUGUUCAAAAGAACAAGACGGUCAUGCUAAUAUCAUUAUCUCGGAUCACUUCAACAUCGAGCGUGUCGUUGCUUUCGACCUCGCCCAUAUCCCUGAAGAGACUUAUCACGCUUGCUCCAAAUUUUUGGACUGCCUGACGUGGCAUCUUCCUCGCCCAACUACCCUUACCCCCGCUAUUUUCAAUGCCGUCGAGAACUCCUCCACGUAUGAGCUCAAAGCAUACUGCUUGUAUAACCUUGCCUGGCUCUACGACACUCUCUCCCAGCUCACAGACGCAAUGAAGAUUUUCGAAGCUGCUGGGGCACUCUAUCUCGCCACCGGCAACCACGAAAUGGUGGCCGAAUGUGUUAUCAAUUGUGCAGACAGAUACAAAUGUCAAGGCCGCUUCAUUCAAUCCCAACAGCUUUUAGAGGGCUUUCAACGCUCCGAGUCGUGGGAGUAUCUCAGUGAACCAACGAAAGACAAAGUUUGGUAUUUCUUGGACACGGCUCGGAUGUGCACAUUCACAGCAUCUGUGGACGAAUUAUUUGUGAAGUCCUCGGACUCGGAAGAUCACCACGUUGGCUUGUCGUCCAAGAUUCGGCACUGGCAGGCCAAACUUUACUACGGGGGAGACAUUGUCCAGGUGCAUGAGCGCUUAGAAAACUUUCUCCUACAAUGCACAUGUACACAAGUCUGCCUCGCCCACCGCCGCGCACUUAUGGGGCUUGCAGAGGUGGCAUUUUGCGAAGGCAGGCUAUCCGACGCCAUGGAUAUCCUACAGAAAAUCGUACAGAUGUUCGAGGGAGAACGUUCAGACGAUGUCUUGUGGUAUACUGCGUUGAAGGCCGUUGUUGCAAGCACGCAGGGGGAUCAUGCCCUUGCAAGGGAGUUCAUCUACAAAGUCCCAGAAUCCCUCCAAUUCUUUGAGCUGCGUAGUGCAUUCGUAUUUCUCCACAGAUCUUAUUGCUCUGCAUUCAUCGAGCUCACUGCGGGCGCAUACGACAAGGCCGAGUCCCAUUUCAUCGCCACCAUUGAAGGUUGUGAUAUCCAAGGACAUCUUCAUUUGAAGGCGUACAGCAAACGAGGACUGGGGGAGAUUGCCUUUGUGUGUGGCGACUUCGCGUUAGCUGCACGAUGCUUCACAGAAACACGGUCUUUGUGCACUGAGAUGGGAGUACCUGAGCAACAUUUGUACAGUUGUGAUCCGUUCGGUGUUCUGCCAGACAGAUUUAUUGCAUGGACAGUAUUUUUAGAGGGUCAGUCUCCAUUUGCGAACAUUAUGUAG